UCCCCAUUCAUUCUCCUCUGCCUUUCUUACCCCUCCCCUCCGCACCAGCAGCAGGGCGGAGAACGAUGGAGAGCGCCGAGAAGCCACGGAUGCAGGGCUCCGGCAGCCCGAUUCAAGUCAGCAGAAUCUUGCGCCCUGAUGAUGCGAACAUUGCGGGCAAUGUCCAUGGUGGUACAAUUCUGAAAAUGAUAGAGGAGGCCGGAGCCAUCAUCAGCACCAGGCACUGCAACAGUCAGAAUGAGGAACGCUGUGUGGCUGUACUGGCUCGUGUGGAGCGAACUGACUUCCUCUCACCCAUGUCCAUUGGUGAAGUGGCUCAUGUCAGCGCUGUGAUAACCUACACAUCAAAGCACUCCGUGGAGGUCCAAGUAAAUGUGAUGGCUGAAAAUAUUCUUAAUGGUGCCAAACGUAUGACCAAUCGGGCAACACUAUGGUAUGUCCCAUUGUCCGUGGAGAACGUAAAUAAAGUGGUCAAGGUUCCUCCUAUGCAGUAUUCAAGUCCAGAACAGCAAGAGGAAGGUCGAAAGCGGUAUGAAGCUCAGAAAUUGGACCGAAUUGAAACCAGGCAAAGGAAUGGUGAUAUAAUUUUUCCUGCCAUUAAUGUGGACCGACAGUCUAAAGAGCCAUAUACAGUGGGCUACAGCCAAUCUAGUCUAAUUCAUCUUGUGGGUCCAUCAGACUGUGCAUUGCACAAUUUUGUGCAAGGAGGUGUCACUAUGAAGCUGAUGGAUGAAGUGGCUGGCAUAGUUGCUGCUCGUCAUUGCAAGACAAAUAUCGUGACUGCAUCUGUGGAUGCCAUCAAUUUCCAUCAGAAGAUUGAGAAAGGAUCUGUGAUCACAGUGUCUGGCCGAAUGACAUUCAGCAGUAACAAAUCUAUGGAGAUUGAAGUUUUUGUGGAUGUUGACCACUUCUUGAAAAGUCCGACAGAGACAGCUCAUGCCGUGACUGCAUUCUUCACUUAUGUCUCCCUGGACAAGGAUGGAAAGGCACUUCCUAUCCCCACAUUGAAGGUUGAAACAGAAGAUGAAAAGAGAAGGUUCGAAGAAGGAAGGAACAGGUAUCUACAAACCAAAGCCAAAAGAAUGGCAGAAGCAAUGAAGUGCCAGUGAUGGUCAAACCUUCAAAAGCCUGAGGCAGCCGAUCAGAACAUCUCAUGUUCUCUACUGUAUUACUUGUUAACUAUUUAAGUAUUAAAUGUUAACCAAAGUAUUUAAGGAAAACUAUGCAUUCCACUGAGGUUUUUGUGUGUUUGCCUGUAUUGUAUUAUUGAAGUGUAUCAUUAUAGAAUAAAUGCUGCCAGGCUUUGGCUAAUGGAA